CGUUAUAAGGCUGGCAGAACCUUGGUAAUAAGAUAUAUAAAUGUUAAGCAGCUGGACACAGAUGUUAGACUAUUUACGAUAUUUGAGUAAACUAGGCGGGUUGUUUAUUUUAGAAAUUAAUCUUUUAUAAUGUUGUGGUCAAGUGUGUUCGUGUUUGUGUUAGCUUUCGCGAAUAGUUUCAGUAAAACCGUUGUCCCCGACUUCAUAACGCCAUGUGAAGUGAAAGACAAAAAGUGCAUAGGCGAGGGUUGGACCCAAGCCGUCCAGAACUUGGCCACAGGAAGCUCUGAGAUAAACCUACCCAUUCUCGACCCGCUCAGACUUGAAGGAAUAGACAUAGACAUUCCUGGAACUGUCCACCUCAAAUUCAAUGGAACCCUCAAAGGGUUGAAAGGCUGCAUCUUUGAUAAAGUUGGUGUGGACUUCAGCAAAGGAUCAGUGUCUCAAGUUCUGGACUUGCGUUGCAACAUCACCAUCAAGGGAAACUACAAUGUUGAUGUCAACAGCUCAUCCCUCUUCGGAGGAAUUGGAGGCAACGGCAUCGAGGGACUCAUCAAGGCUGAUGGCGUUGGGAAAGUCAAACUAGAAAAAUUAAAGCUGAAGAUGAUGUUGGACUUAAACCUCGUUAGGGAUGAUGAUAAAGAGGUGAAAAUGGUGCUGAAGGAUGGUCCCGUCGGCUACAAGUACAAGAUCGGAGGACCCGUCGUGUUUCAAGGAAACAACAUCUACGUCGCUGACCAGGACAUCAGUGCUCUCGUCAUCGGCUUCAUGAACUCGAACUGGCAGGUCGUGAUGAACGUCUUCGGAGGCUACUUCUUCGACGACGCGAUGCUCAGGAUCGGAGACUUCAUCAGGGAGUUCUACAAAGUGGUACCGCCGCGCGCUCUCUUCACUGACAAUCUCGAUGAGUUUUACCCUUGAUUAAGGGAACUUUUGAAAUGUGAUUUUUUGUGGUAAAUAAGCACGUAGUAUAAGUAGGUUACGUAUGUUUAAUGAUUCCUAUUAAAUAACUAUUUUUU